CACACAGGUGCUCUCUUUCACUUGGCGACUGCCUUGAGAAUGGCCGGCGGCGCCACUCAAGAAUCUUUUAUCAAGCGUACGAGCUUGUCGAGAGCCGUGUAUGCAGCAACCACGAUGGCGGACGUGAUUUGACGAGCACAGUUGCGAUUGAUGGGCAACGGCGGCAGCAGCGGGGCCACGGGCAGCGGGAAGGAGUAUCUGCGGCAGUACCUCAAGAAGUUCGACGUCGAUGAGGUGGAGAUGCUCAAGAAGGUCUUCAAGGAUUUGUCCAGCAGAAGCGGAGGACAGUUUGUCGACAAGGAAACAUUCCUGCAGUACUUCCCGCUGCCAGGUACACACACAAACAUGCACAACCAACACACACACACACACUGACUGUAUGUGUCCCACCUUCUCGUCCUAUCAAUCAGGUCUGUGGGGUGAGCGAUUGUUUCAGCGGUUCGACUACAAGAACAUCGGGGCGGUGGACUACGAGGAGUUCCUCAUCGGCAUAGCCGUGUGCAGCCGCGGCACCAAGGACGACAAGAUCCACGUGCUGUUCGAGGUGUUUGACCUCAACGGCGACGGCUACAUACAGAAGUCCGAGCUGGUGGCCAUGCUCUCCAACCUCCCCAACCUCACCAAGUACGUCCAUGUCGGCCACAACCACUCCUACUACAUGGCGGGGGGGCCGCAUGGACAUGGCCAUGGAGGAGGGCACGAGCACCAACACGCUAGUGGUGCCUUCUCCAACCCCGCCUCGCCCCAGCCGAUGCCCAACGGCAUGGGGACCUGGGACGGGCCGCAGGCCAACAACGGGGGCGGGCCUGAUGGCGUGGGGGGCACUGUGGGCACCCAGAGCCUGGCGCAGCAGCUCAAGCAGAGGGAAGAUGAGGUGAGUGUCGGAGACAGGGCAGAGAGAGGAGGGCACCGACAACGAGGGCGCCUGUGUGAUGUGAUGUGUGUGCAUCGAUCAUGCCAUGCCAUGGUGCAGGGGAAUGAGUCAGAGGAGAUCGACAUAGAGGCGUUGGUGGAGCAAAUCAUUGAAGAGUGCGAGGUCAGCCAACACGACACCAACACAGGAAGGGAUACGGGCACAGCACAGCACAACACAACAGGCGCAAAUCAAAUGUAUGGGGAGGUUCUUCUGAUCUCUGUCUGUGUUGCGGUCGGUUCGGUAUGUGUGUGGCUGAUCGAUCAGUUCACUGAGAACGGUCAGCUGAAUUACCUGGAGUUCAAGACGUGGCUGGAGCACAACGACGCGCUGCUCUUCAUGUUCAACGAGUGCCUCCACGAGGAGAUCUGGGGGCUCCAGGGAAACGCACUCUACAGAGACAACUCCAUCCACCGAAUGUGCGUACCUACCGUACACACAUACAAUACAAUACACACAACAAACACCCACCCACAUGAUAGAUAGAAAGGCGGCAUGUGGUGUGGUCUCUCCUCUCCUCUCUGCUGUGCUGUGUGUGUCAGUGAGCAGUUGGGCGAGAACUCGAUGUUGUCGGCCCCCGACCGGCAGCAUGUACAGCGGUGGUCCAUGUACAGCGGCGCCGGCGCCAGUGGGCCCUUCGACGACAGGGAGAGGCAGGCCAUCGGGCCAGACCAGUUCUACAAGAUCAAGCGGCUGUUUCUGCGCCGUUCGCGUGAGGCAGGCUCAGAGAACUCGAUGCUGCCGAGGCUGUCGCGGGACCUCGUCAGCUCCGAGCUGCUGGACGUCGUCAAGGAGUCAAACCCUAACGUAAAAACAUAACACAACACACGCACACAAGCCAUGCCAAGCCAUGACGGGACGGCAGCACCACGCCGCUCCUCUCCUCUCCUUAUCUCGUUUUCCCCUUCUCUGUGUGUGUCUGUGCAGUUGGAUUUGUCCCAGUUCACACGUCCCGUACGUGCCAUGACGCACGCCCGCAACGGCACGGCCCCAUCGCACUCGUCGGCCGAGCGGUCGUCGGGCAGCCAGCAGAACUCCAGCGGCAACAGCGGCAUGGUCGAGGAGGUCCUCAGCUGCCCCUCAUGCGGACAGGCACUGCCCAGGUGAGACAGACAGAGAGCGGAGAGGCCCAGCAAGUACUGGUGCCUGGCUCCUGAGGUCCGUGUCAACGUUGUGUCUGUCUCUAUGUGUCUUACUCAGAUGUCCGUUGUGUGGGCGCAGACGGCCUAAUCUCGUCCUCGUCGAUGGUAUGAAGGCGUGUAUUGACUGACAAGAAGCCAGCGACACACAAAGAGCAACGCUGUGGUCUCCCUCUCCUUGUCUGCCUCUGUGCCGUCUGUCAGGUGAGGUAUCGCUGCAGUGUCCGCUGUGUCGCGAGGGCCGCAGCUACUACCACCGGAAGUGCUGGCACUACAACUGCCAGUUCCAGUUCGACAGCCUGCCUCAGCUGCUCUCCAAGGCCAAGGACGAGCCCGACAAGGAGGGCGUCCUCUACAAGAUCGGCAAACACCUGCACCAGUGGCAGGCGCGCUACUACGUCCUCAUGGAGUCGCUGCUCUACUACUACAACCAAAAGGUAAGAAGUAGUAGUAGGCACACACACUCACACAGCCACGGACGUACCCACAGACGCACCCACAUACAUCAUGGCUGUGUGUGUGUCUGUGUGUGUGUGUGUGUGUUUGUGCGUUGUGUGUUAGGGCGACCCGAAGCCCCGUGGUGUGUUCUUUCUGGAAGGUUGUUACGUGGAGUUGGUAGAGCAGCCCCUGCACAGCAGCGGGGGCUCUUCGCAGGGCGGGCAGGGCCACAAGUUCGGCUUCUCCAUCUGCCACACAGCAGAGACCUACAGACGACACGACCUCUACUGCAGCUCAGAAGAGGUAGGUCACACACAUACACAUACACACACACACACACACAGAGGGUCGGUAGAACGAUGUAUGUGGUUAUCUCUGUGGUUGCUUGGCCGGGUGCAGGAGCGUGACGAGUGGGUUGAUGCGUUGCGCAGCGGUAUGAAGCAGAAGUCCAUCGACCAGAUGUACCAGGUAAAAGAGUCAGACCGAGCCGACUACCUACACCAGAAGAAAUGGCUCUCGCGGUGGUUGAGGUCUGUCUGUGUGUGUGUGUGUUGUGUGCAGGUGAUGGAGCAGAUAGGUCAGGGCAAGUUCUCGACCGUCUACCGCGGCGUGUCAAGACGGACCGGCGCUGAAUACGCCAUCAAAAUCAUCGACAAGGUCAGGUCGACCUCGACGAGCCACACCUUUGUCGAGCCGUUUUCUCAUCUAUGUGUGUUGUGUUGUGUUGUGUCGUGUGUGCUGCAGACGAAGAUCAGUCCGAGUGAGCGCGAGUUGCUUCGGUCCGAAAUGGCGAUAAUGCGUCUGCUGCGUCACCCGCACGUCAUCCACCUGCAGGAGAUCCUCGACACCAAGGGGUUCCUCUACCUCGUCAUGGAACUCGUCAGGGGCGGAGAACUCUACGACCUUCUCGUCACACUUGGCAGGCUGCCCGAGCUGCAAGUCAACCGGUUCGGUACACACACACACACACACACACACACACAGAGAGAGAGAGAGAGAGAGAGGGAGAGAGGGGGGAGGGAGAGGGUGCCCGUGUAGGGGCGCGUUGGUAUUGGUGGUAUUGGUGUCCUUUCUUGUGUGUCUACAGGAUCGUUCGUCAGCUGCUGUCGACUGUGGUUUAUCUGCACAACUGUGGGAUCAUCCACAGAGACCUCAAACCCGAAAACAUCCUCCUCACAGGUCAGUCAAUCAAUCACCCAAGCUCCCGCACAGACAGACAGGAGACCUCACACGCAUGGCAUGCCCAUCCAUAUAAGUGUGUUUGUGUGUGUGCAGACAAGACGACCGAUGCCGACAUCAAGAUAACGGAUUUCGGGCUGUCGACGCUCCUCAACCCAUCCGAAAAGCUCCGGCAGCCAUGCGGCACACUAGCGUAAGACACACACAACACACUCACCGACAUACCCCACGCACACUCAGCCAGCCUAAGUAACGUAUUGUGAUGUGAUGUCUUGUGUGUGUCAGUUACGUAGCGCCCGAGGUGCUGACGCUGGAGGGAUACGACCAGAAGGCCGACGUGUGGUCGAUCGGCGUGAUCAUGUACCUGCUGCUCCGGGGCAAGCUGCCCUUCCCCGUCCAGAAGCCGCCGCAGGCGGCACACAAAGACGGUGGGCAGGGAGCCGCCGCCAGCAAGCCCAAACUGCCGCAGGAAGUAAGCAAGCCACACACCGCUGACGAGGGAGGGAGGGUCCUGUAUGGGUCUGUGUGUGUGUGUGGUGUGGAUGUCAGGUUGAGUUAGAGUUGAAUGACAGCGUGUGGGCUGGCAUAUCGUCCUCGGCCAAAGAUCUGACCAGGAAGCUGCUCAGGGUAGGAACCAACCACCAGCAGGGACGACACAGAGGGCGUCGGUGACGGUUUGUUUGUUUGUAUGGUGUGCUGUGUGGUCCGUUCGUUCCAGCGGGAUCGCGCGCAACGGAUAUCUGCCAAGGAUGCGCUGCAGCAUCUGUGGAUCAAGGUGACACGGAGGAGGCACAGACACACACGGCCUCUGCCAUCCUGAUUUGGUUCUUGCGUCGUGGUGUUCUUCUGUCGGUCAGAAUCCUGCUGCUGUGAUCCCCGAGGCCUCGCCAGAGGCGGCAGAGAUACUCUACUCGCCCGGAUCAGGUAGGUACAUACGCACACACACACAUACGCAGCUAGCUAGCCACAAGUAUGUGAAUCGAUCACAUCGUGUCCUUGUGUGGGUGUGGUGGAUCCAUCCAUCCAUCAGAGAGCGAGAAGGUCUCAUUCUCGACGCUGUCGGUCAACUCCGCCGCGCUGAGUCUGGGCAGCCAGCCGUUCCAGGGUCAGUUCCAGCUGCCGCCCGCCCUCAUCUCCAACGCCAACAGCCAGCCCACCACGGCCAGGCCGCACACCACCCCGCACAAGAAGUCCAAGGGGCUGGCCAGCAUGUUCAGGCGCCAUCACGACAGGGGCGACAGCACCGUGAGGGACUCGUCCAUCACCAGCCUGCCCCUGCCCUCUGGCAACAGCUUCCAGGCCGGGGACUUCUCGCCAGCGCCAUCACCGGUAGGUACCCUACCCAACCCACUCAGGCAGGGAGACAGCGGGCAAUGCAUUGCAAUGCAGGAAGGCAGGAAAGACAUCCAUCUCUCUGACCACGUGUGUGUGUGCACAUUACGUCUGUUCAGGUGGCAGCUCCAGGCCUUGCUCGCGGGAUGUCUCCAAUGAGCGGCACGACUGGCAACACGAGCAUCCUGAACGAGGUGGUUCUGAGCAUGAACAACAACCGCAUCCCCACCCCCGCCCCCGCAUCCGGCCUCCCUAUCCCAUCUGCCAUCACGGUGCAGAAGGCGUCAUCGUCCGGAUUCCCGCCAUGGCGAGGUGCGCAGACGCCCAACCCCAGAGGAGGCCAGGGCAGCGAUCCUGGGUCGCGAGACGAGCAAACCAAGAGGUCUCCGUUCGGCUCCCCCCCUCACACGUAUCAGGCCAGUCCCCGCCACCCGAACCUCUCCCCCGCCCCCUCGCCCCAUCAGGGAGGGACCUCGCCCGCAAACAGGUCGGUCGAGGCCGACGAUGACGGGCUCGACAUCCCCAGCUUCAACCCACCCAGCUCAACAAGACCCCGCUUCAAGUCGGAAGACAAGAGGGACAGAGAAGGAAAGGGGCUUUUGUAGCCGGCCGGCCGGCUUGGUUGCUGGUCUGCUGGGCGGCUGUGGUUUGUUGUGGCUUCCUCCCUUGAUUGAUUGAUUGCUUCCUUGCUUGAGUGGUCUCUGGUCGGUGCACCGUCGAUUUUUCGGCUGUUGUCUUGCCUCUUUGCCUCUUCCCUCCCAGUUGCGUUGCUCUUUCUGGCUUCCCUUGCUGCCUCCCAUUGCUUGCGUCGCGGCCGUUGUGCGGCCGGGUGGGAUGGAUGGAUGGCACAAGUUUUGGCUUUUCAAGGACGGUCGGUGGUCGGUCGGUCGGUCGGUGUACCCCUUCGUGUUGCCCUCCCUCCCUGCAUGUGUGAUGAGAGAGUGUGUGUGUGUGUGGCGUGUAUAGCUAGUCCAAUGACGACCAGUGACGUGUGUGCCGAUGGGCACCUGCCUCUGCUCCUUCCUUCCUCUCUCUCCUCUCCUCCCCUCCCCUCUCCCCUCCCCUGUCUGCCAGUCGCCGACACCCUUUCGCCUUUUCCCUGUUUGGACACUCUUUCACCUGUUUCCUGCCUGCCACGUUGCGUGUUACGUGUGUGAGACACUUACUUGUCACAUCGACCUUCACUUAUUCUCUUGUUCGUUCGUUCGUGCCCUCCCCGAUCGACUCAUUCUCUAACAGCCGCGACUCAACCAACCGUCAAAGCAGCCCAGCCCCAUCGGCAGGCAACACACGAGCGACUGCCGCCCAGCCCGGCCCAGCCCAUCCCAAGAUUACGCCCACCCACCCAUCUCUGCUGUUUGCGGAUGGAUGGUGGAUGUGGCGGACCUGCUUGUGAGGGCUGCCUGCAGUGAGUGCAUGGUAAUCACAGAGAGGCGAGUGCGAG